AUGACGGAUUUGGAAAGGCUGAUCAAACUCCUUAGCCAGACUGAUGGCCGCGAUAAAAUCUACAAGUUCCUUGCCGGCUUCUUUAAGAUCCUUGCUGCGAUCACCGACAGCCAGGACCCCAGCGCGAAGGCCUACAAAGCCCUUGGAAACUCCGUUGGCAGCGCCCGUUCACUGAUGCGCAUGGGGAAGUUCGUGGGUGACGUCCCGAAGCUCGAGAAGCUCGUGGUGGGCUUUCAAGCGAAGGGCCUCCAGGGCACUGAGGUGAAGAAAUUCAUUGAGUUCUUCCGCAUCCUUGGCAAUUCCCUCUACAUUAUUGGUGAUAACACCGCUUUCAUCGCGAAGCAUAAGCUGAUCCCGGUAAACGCCAAGGUCGUCACGAAGUACUCCAAGAUCGCCCAGUUCUGGGGCUUCUUCCUCGCCGCCGUGCUCGACCUCCUCGCGUUACGGUCGGCCCUUAAGAAGCGCGUUUCCGAUCCCGCGAGCUGCAAGAAGGAGGCGAAGGGCGCGAUUAUCAGCUUUACGAAGGACGCCUCGGAUGUGCUCGUGACGAUGGCGACGGUGGGGUACCUCCGCGAUAUCUGGCAUCCUUCCAACGUCACCGCUGGCGCCCUCACCUGCGUCUCCGGCUCCGUUGCAACCUACCUGAACUGGAAUAAGAUCGCCUAA